AUGGCGACGGCCGUCUCGCUCUGCCUCCCUCGCGUCCUCCACACCUCCGCUCCUCGGCCGUCGUUCCACCGCCGCGUGUCCGUCCAAGGCGCCGGCGCCACCCUCCCGGACGCGCGCCGUCUUUGUCGCCGUUCAUCGGCCGUCUCUGCCGCGGCAGGGGCUUCGCCGCCCGAAGCCGGCACCGCCGCGUGGGACUCCCUCGGCGGCGUCUCCGUCUUCGCCGCUGGCACCGGCGACGUCGUGCCGCUCAGGGACCUGUGGGACCCGUCCGAGGGGGUGGUCGCGCUGCUGAGGCAUUUCGGAUGCUUCUGCUGCUGGGAGCUGGCCUCUGAUCUGAAGAAAUCCAUGCCGAAGUUCGAGUCCGCGGGGGCUAAACUGAUCGCCAUCGGCGUCGGCACAUCUGACAAGGCACGCAUUCUCGCCGACGGGCUGCCAUUUCCUGUGGAUAGCUUGUACGCCGAUCCCGAGCGCAAGGCUUACGAUGUCUUGGGCCUGUACCACGGAUUAGGCCGCACACUCUUUAGUCCAGCCAGUUCUAAAAUAUACUCGAGGCUCGACUCCAUCAAGGAGGCCACCAAGAACUACAAGCUCAAAGGCACACCGGCAGACCUGACGGGCAUCAUGCAGCAGGGUGGGAUGUUUGUGUUUAGGGGGAAAGAACUGCUGUACGCAUGGAGAGAUGAAGGCACCGGCGAUCACGCACCCUUGGAUGAUUUUCUCGGCAUCUGUCGCCAAGUUCCGGCUGCUUGA